AAUCCCGCUUCUAUUCAGGUCUUCAAGUAAAACAUCACGCGUGUUAUUCGCCAGUUACCAGUCGAAAUACUUGAACAAGUAUCGAACAUUUGCCUCAACGGAUGGAUCAUCUGAGACGCGGCCGAGACCAACAUUUGAAAGAGAUGAUCUGAUGAUCUUCAAAAAAAAAAAAAAAAUGCCUAGGAAUGUUCUUUCGAAUGAUAGUUUCUGUAAUUUUUCUUUCAAAAGAGUAGAGAACUACGAAAGGGAUCACUAUUUAGUUACAGCUGCAGAACUUAUUUGGCAAUAUUAUAAUUUAUUUUGGUACAGAUUCAUUUAACUAAAUUUUUUACAGAUAUAAGGGAAACUAUCAAUUUUAUUGCCUCAAGUAGAGAUUACUGAUAUUCAUUACUCCAGAUUCCACAAUACUAGAGGUAAUAACAAGCAAUUGGUGAUGUUUUAGUUUAACCAUUAAUAAUAAGUAUAAAAAAUCACUUUAGAAAAGCGUAAUAUAACAAAGUUUUAAGGAAAUCUAUUUGCGUCACACAAUCUCUCCGUUUGGCUAAUCUCACAUUGUAAUUCAUAAGUUCUAGCUGACCUUACUGCCGGAAAGUAUUAAUGAAACUUUUUGACGUUUACCACGGGCACUAGGCCAGCAACAACUGCACUCAGCAGCGAAUAAAUAAGCGCUGAAGCUCACCUACGCCAACUUUUUACUUUUAUAUACUUGUAUGUCUGCAUGUGCUUAGUACAUUGCAGAAGACUUGGCUUAGAGUAAAGUGAAGUUUUAUCUAAUUUAACGAGAAUUCGAAGCACGCAAUUCUGCACGAAGCAGACGAAUGGACGAUGCAUAUGGCGGAUUUAGAGAUCGGAAUAAUGGUACGUUAUAUAAACAACAAGCAUUUUUAGAACCAUUUCAAAGACAGAACGGCGGUAGAGUAUGCGACAUCAAAGUUUUGGAUGGAAGUAGUUUAACGGAAAAUUAAUCGUUAUUAUAAAAAAAAUAUAUAUACGGUGUGAUAGAAAAGGGUUGAUAUUUUUUAUGUGUAUAUGUAUUGUUUAUGAGACCACAAUUUGUGAAGAACGUUUUAUUAAAAUGUCACCGAAAUCCAUAUGCUAUGGACUUUUGUUAAUUUUUAUGUUCAUUUUAGCGGUGAAUGCCGCUUGUGUUUGCCAAGAGAAAGGCGUCGAUUACUGUGCCAAGUGUAAGGAACCCACAUUCGUGCGACCUAAAACGCGUCAUGGCUGUCUCAAUCCAGAGUUGGAGCUCACACCCAUCGGAAACAGCUGUUCCUGCGACAAGCUAUUCGUUGAACCGGCUGCAUUGCCCAAGCCAUGCAGUAAUAAAAAGCCAACACCGAAAAAUUCAGUAUGUAAAUGCUCAGCGCCGUCGCCAAGCCCAAGUUAUUAUCCACCAACCCCAACAGUUUAUGAAACACAGAAAACAAGUGACUAUUAUAAGCCAGCACCUCUGCCAUCAACACCAUCAUUAUCCUACAAGUCGUCAUCAUGCGGUUGCUCGUCGGCGUCAACAAUUCCUGCGUAUCCCUUAUCAGAUGCAACUUAUGCGCAACCACAAGACAGCACAGUACCUGCCGAUCCGAUAAGCAUAAGUCUGGCUUUGCAGGCUAAUAAAGCGAUAGCGGUGCCAGAAGCCAAGCUAGCCUAUGGUUUUGCGAAGAAGCCGAUUGAUAGUAUGAAGAAAAUUACUUUCUCCAAUGUACCAGAGGAAAAUCUUUUCAAACUGAAGAAUAAUGUUAUUACGUUUAAAAAACCGAAGCUUACACCAGCUCCACUGUCUGAAGAGGAAGAAGUCGACGAAGAAGAAUUAGUGGAAACGGCAGAUAGCCCUGCACAACUUACGUACCAGCAAUUGGGUUAUGUGCCGGAACAUUUUAAAAAUCCGAAAUUUCGUAAAGUCAGUACAGUUUAUAGUGACGAUUAUUAUUCACAUGAAGCUGGUUACCCGUUACCGUAUAAAGUAAAGGUGGAUUGUGGUUUUAAACCCGGACGCAUGGCGGCGUACUUCAAACGAAAACCACAAAAUGAGCCGGCAUCUUAUUACUAAUGGUUAUCACAUUGCAAGAAUAAGAACCUGCUAAUUUAUUUUUUUCAUAUGUAUAGUAGGUUGCAGGUAUAUUUUUCAUAAAAACCCUUCGGUAGAUUAAGUUUGUUGAGACAUUUUUUAUAAAUAAAAUAUUAAAAAUAUAUACAGUGAAAUUCCCCAUUACGGACAGUCCUCAUAGCUGGACUUUUCCCAUAACUGAACUAAUUUCACGAACGAAACGUUUUCUAUAUUAUUUUUAUACAAAUUCCUAUAACCGGACAUACAUACGUAAAAUGUGUCAAAAAUAGUGUACAAUACGUAAAUUGAUCCCAGCAAACAAACUGUUUGCACUGGUGCUCGGCGUAAACUACUGGGAUUAUUGUCAUUCAUUACUUCUUAUUAUAUAGUUCAGAGUUGCAGCUUCUGAUUCUAAGAAUAUGUAUAUUUAAACUAUCGUGUUGGCCACGCCUUCAUUUAUGACAGUUCUCUUAGCCGGACAAAAACACUGCGACGGUAACUGUCCAGUGAUGAGGAAUUUUACUGUAAUUUUUUAUUGUCCUUUUUU